AUGGCGUUCAACGGGAAAAGCCCGUACGCCCCGGAUUACGCAUCCUACAACUGGACUGGUGCUCCCUCCAACUAUGACCUGACUACCAACUCGGACAUGGGUGGUGAUUCCCGUAUCGAGAAUGUCAACAAGUGGUUUCAAUCCGGUGACCAGGCCUAUAUCAUUGUGGCCUCGGCAAUGGUGAUGGUCAUGAUCCCGGGUCUCGGUUUCCUCUACUCGGGCCUUGCCCGCCGCAAGUCCGCCCUGAGCAUGAUUUGGGCCUGUAUGGCAUCUUUGUCGGUCGUCACCUUCCAAUGGUAUUUCUGGGGCUACUCUUUAGCCUUCUCUCCGACUGCGACCAAUGGAUAUAUCGGCAACCUGCGCAACUUCGGCCUGAUGAAAACUUUAGCUGAUCCCAGCCCGGGCUCGCCUCUGAUUCCGAACUUGCUCUAUGCCUUCUAUCAGAUGCAAUUCUGCGGCGUCACCGCAGCCAUCGUUAUGGGAGCCGUGGCCGAGCGCGGUCGGCUUUUGCCUGCCAUGGUGUUUGUGUUCAUCUGGGCGACCAUUGUCUACUGCCCGCUGGCCUGCUGGGUAUGGAACGUCAACGGCUGGGCAUACACGUACGGGGUGAUGGACUACGCCGGUGGUGGUCCCGUCGAGAUUGGAUCCGGUUUCACGGCUUUGGCCUACUCGAUGGUUCUGGGCCGCCGCCAGGAGCGCAUGAUGCUCAACUUCCGCCCGCACAACGUCUCGCUCAUUCUCUUGGGUACCGUCUUUCUCUGGUUUGGCUGGCUCGGAUUCAACGGUGGCUCCUCAUUCGGUGCCAACGUUCGAGCGGCCAUGGCCUCCUGGAACACCAACCUCACUGCUGCCUUUGCCGCCAUCACUUGGGUUCUGCUCGAUUGGCGUCUGGCUCGCAAGUGGUCCAUGGUGGGUUGGUGUUCGGGUACGAUCUCCGGCUUGGUGGCGGCCACUCCCGCUUCCGGAUUCAUCAGCCCUUGGGCCAGUGUGAUUCUGGGUGUGGUGACCGGCAUUGUUUGUAACUAUUCCACCAAGAUCAAAUACUGGAUCCGCAUUGACGACUCGAUGGAUGUGUUGGCUGAGCACGGCGUCGCCGGUAUUAUCGGUCUGAUCUUCAACGCCCUUUUCGGCGACGACUCCAUCGUUGGACUGGACGGCGUCAACACGGGCGGCGGCGUCGGCGGUUGGGUCAUUCACAACUACAAGCAGCUGUACAUCCAGAUCGCGUACAUCGUCGCCACGGCGUCCUACACGUUUGUCAUGUCCGCCCUCAUUGCUUACGCCAUCAACGCCAUUCCGGGUCUGAACCUGCGCGCUUCUGAGGAGGCCGAGCUGCUCGGCAUGGACGACGACCAGCUGGGCGAGUUCGCAUACGACUAUGUCGAGGUCCGCCGCGACUACCUCGCCUGGACUCCGCAGAAGCAGGACCAGCUCGCCGACGGCCACGAGAUUCCCGCCGCUGAGCGCUACGGCAUCGGCGAGCACAGUGAGAUGAUGCUCGACGGCCAGCCACCCAACGGUGAGAUCAGCCAGAGCAGCCGCGGUGGCAGUGAGGGCGACAUGGCUCUCCAAGAGAUCAAGAUCGCGCCCGCUCCUCGCCAGGUUGCCGAGCAGCACCCACCCGACACCGAGCAGGUGUCUGAACACCCUGUGGUGCUCAGGCCGGUCGAUGAGAAGACCGAGAACUAA